CUCACUCUGGUUCUCUCCGAUCCUCCAUUUUCUCCCCCAAAAUAAAAAUCACACGCAGAAAAACACACACACACACACACAAACUCAGCCUCCUCAAAAUGUUGCGACAGGGUCCACGAUUCCUCCUCAGCCGAGCUUCCGCCGCUACGAUGCGGUGGACUCGUCAAUACGCCGCCGAUCUACCGGCUGAGACGUCUGGAGACUCCAAAUUUGUUGACGCUUGGAAGAAACUGAUCCCGACCAUAGAUCCCCCAAGGACACCCUCCGCAUACAUGGCUCCCCGUCCACCAACUCCGUCAACCAUACCGUCAAAGCUCACCGUUAAUUUGGUGCUUCCUUACGAUUCCGUCUUAUCCGCCAAACAGGUUGAUAUGGUGAUAAUCCCAGCAACUACUGGACAGAUGGGUGUUCUGCCAGGUCAUGUAGCUACAAUUGCCGAGCUGAAGCCUGGAGUUAUAUCAGUUCAUGAAGGUAAUGACAUCAGCAAAUAUUUCUUGAGCGGUGGUUUUGCAUUUAUCCAUGCAAACUCUGUUGCGGAUAUAAUAGCUAUCGAGGCCACACCCGUUGACCGCCUUGACCCAAACUUGGUCCAGAAAGGCCUUGCAGAGUUCCAACAAAAGCUAAACUCAGCAUCGACUGAUGCGGAGAAAGCUGAAGCACAAAUUGGUGUCGAUGUACACAGUGCUCUCAAUGCUGCUCUUACAGGUUAAAAGGGAAGACAAGUCUUCAUCGUACCCCUGAGUUUUUUUUUCUGUGUUCAUUGUUUCUGCCUGCUUGAGUUGAAUCUUUUUGAACCCAUUUGCAGAAGCUGUUAUUUUUAUUUUUUUUAGUUUUUAUCGGACAAGUAUCUUAAGAGUCCUUCGCUAUGAAAGGAUUUUCUUGAAUAAAUACUAUGACCAACUCGACACUUUGGUGUUUUUUUCUUCAACUUGUGAUUACGUGGGUCAUCGAUUUGUAGUAAUUUGUUUGUUGAUAAUAACCUCAACGAGCUUUUGAUUUUUCUGA